UUGCAUCCUUGCACACUGGGGUUUCGAUGAAGAGAGACUCAGAGGAUUUUUAAAUAUUUUUAGCAGCAUAAAAGAACCCGCCAGCUUAAAACAAAGAUCAAGAGCUCAAAAUGAAGACAAUUUCGUGGUUUGGGAUUGUGCUGUGUGCACUCUCUGCAGCAGGGAAAGUUUUCUUCACAAAGGUUGAAGAUAGAGUUAUCUUAGAAUGUGGGGUCAGCAGCUUCCAAGAUAGCCUGGAGUGGAAGCAUGGAGCCAACAUGGUGUUGAAAGAAGUAAUGAAACAGCGAUUCCCCGCAAGAGGUUGUCAUGAAAACCGACUGACUUCAGCAUUGCACAGAACAUCACUGUACAUGAAUAUUUCAGUUAUCAUUUUUAAUAAAAGUAACAUGCAUCUAUAUGCAUUCUCAGGAACUGGCAGCAAGCCAAUUACAACAAGGUCAAGGAUAAAAAGAACAAAUCUGCAAAUCACUGGAGUGAAAGAGGAAGAUGCUGGAGCAUUCACAUGUCUCGUGGAUGGUAAAAGUCAUCAACACAAACUUGUUGUUGUCUCAGUCGGGGUUAAGCCGCCUGGUGUUCUUCUGGUGGACAGCACUGCUGUGGUCCACUGUAGGGUUAACAAUCUGGACCAAGGCUCUACAGUGAGAUUGCUGAGGCCGGACGGUUCAGAGACCGCUUUACAGACAGAGCUCAAACCUGUAACUGUCUCACACGAUGGGACGUGGAUGUGUAAUGUGACCAAUGAUGGCGAGACAUUCUCUGCACGUCUGGUCAUCAGUGUGAAAGACCCUGCGCCUAAAACCUCACCUCCCAGUUCACUGAUCACCACGCAUCAACUUUGCCCUAGCUGUGGUGGCUCUGAGAAGCUGCUGGGGCUCAGCUGGUGGAUGUGGGUUGCACUUGGAGUUGGCUUCCUGGUUGUGAUUGUCCUGAUCACCUCUGUCAUUGUCACGUGCAAGAGGGUCAGGAGGAGGAAGAGGAAAUUUCUGCACGUGAAAAAUGGCCAGCUGCAACAGAGGAACAAGCAGUACUGCCAGUGCAAGCGCCAAACAGCUGCUGCCAAACCACAGCAAGGACGCCGGAGAGAGAAGCCAUCAGCCCUCCCGCUUCAACCCUUGCUAAAGGAGUGACAUGAAUGGCAGAGGAGAAGGGAAAGAUGCAGAAAAAGAAAUGAUUAAAGAGGGAAUGAAAAGGUGAUAAAAAGGGAAUAAAUGCGAAUAAAAACGAGAGAACAAGUGACGGAGAACCCAGUAGGAAAAAUGUCAUGAAUGGAUUUUUUGGGAUGAUCUUGAUGGAAAUAUACGGUAAUAAAAGUCCUUCUGUUGGUAUUUUUUUUCCCAAACCCGCCUUUGAACCAGAUAAAACUAAUGAGCUUGCCUCAAUAUAUAAAUAUAGUUUUUUGCCUCUUCUGCCACUGAGCUCACUAGCAUCUGAUUUUGUAAUCGCCAAGCUGUUUUGGUUGGUUCUGUUUUGGCCAAUUUGCCCAUCUAUGAACUUGUACUUCCACAUCAGGACUAAAGAGCUGCUGCUGGCCUGAUCACACUUUCAUAUGCAUGUACUUGUUUCACUUCUGUUUCUUUUUACAUAUUUACAUUUUUAAAGCUUCUCAACAAACUAUUUGAU